AUAUUUCAACACUCUUCUUGAUGAUCAUCAGAUAUUGGUUUUAUGCAAAUUAUCUCCUUUAGUUAAACGUAAAGAAGGAAGUGAGCUUUUUAAGCAGCUUUUAGAGAUAUUAAAGUUUUAUGCUGGCUUCGAAAUUCAUGAUCAUACUGGAUUGGCAUUGACUGAUGAUCAAAUGACAGAAUUACAUUGUAAAAAGCUCAUGUCUUUACAGCAUACUGCAUUCAAACAUUUUAAGGACUCAUUGCAGUUGUUAGCUCUUUCAAAUUUGUCUGCAAUAGAAACACGGGAAGAUUUAUUAAGACAAAAAAGAUUAGCGGAUGAUGAAUUAAAUGAAUAUUAUGAUAAAGAUUUUUUAAUAGAAGUCUUGAUUGCAAAAUUUGAAAAAAGAACAAGUCAAAUUGAUGCGAUCAAUGCACUUCCACUAUAUCCUGAUGAGAAUGCUCUUUUUGAUGACGCGGUAGUGAAAACUCAAUUUUAUUCCGGUGAUAAUCCACUGGCUCUUCCAAAACUUAAUUUACAAUUCCUUACUAUUCAUGAUUAUUUGUUGAGAAACUUUAAUUUAUUUCGAUUGGAAAGCACUUAUGAAAUUCGACAAGACAUUGAAGAUGUUGUCAAACGAUUGGCUCCAAGAAUAACUUAUCCAUCUGGUAGAACUGAAUUCACUGGUUGGGCUCGCAUGGCAAUAGAAAUUGAACGAUUUAAUAUUAUAGAAGUUUCAAAACCAAAUCUUGGCGAAGAUAAACCUUCUCAAGUUAAAGCCGAUGUGACUUUUAACAUUGGUCGUUAUACUGAUUCAAUUCAAAAUGAAUGGGAUUCUUUAAGGCAACAUGAUGUAUUAUUUUUGCUUACAAUUCAAGCUCACGAUGGUACUGCGGAUAAAUAUCGUGAUGACAUACCAUUCAGAUCGCAUUUUGGUUUAAAGUAUGUUAGAGGAUGCGAAAUAGUUGAGAUUAUUGGCGAUGAUGGUAAACCAAUUGAAGAAGCAAGUAAGCCAAAUGUAGAAGAAAAAACAAAAAUUUCGGGAAAUUUGAGAACUCUUCGCGUAUUGUUGGACCCAAAUCAAUAUAAAGUAACGUGUUAA